AUGGAGUGUUCUUCUUGGAUCUGGCUGAAAGAGGGAAGAGAAUCCCGGAAGUUGGUGCUACUAGUUGUGUUUGUUGCCCUGCUGGUCGACAAUAUGUUGUUGACAGUUGUGGUGCCGAUUGUUCCUUCUUUCCUCUUUGCCACUUACAAAAACGCCAGCCACUCUGCGCUUCUGAAUUCAGUUCCGAUUGCUCCUGCAUUACCCUCAGCAGCUCCCCGUGCCUCUGUGUUCUCUUUCUACGACAACACAAUGGUGACUGUCUUGGAGCACCCCAGUGACAGUGGGGCAGAUGUGAAUGAGACCCAAGGUGGAAACCUCACGGCCCUUCAUCCCCUCGAGACCGCAUUGCCACCGAGCAAGACAUGCAAGGAUGGAUCCGAUUUCCUGACGAAUGAGAAUGUUUGGGUCGGACUGCUCUUUGCCUCCAAAGCCUUGAUGCAGCUCAUAGCAAACCCUUUUGUGGGACCCUUGACCAACAGGAUAGGAUACCAUAUUCCCAUGUUUGCUGGAUUUAUCAUCAUGUUCAUUUCUACUAUCUUGUUUGCAUUCUCCGGGACCUACACCUUGCUGUUCGUUGCUCGAGCCAUGCAAGGCAUUGGCUCAGCCUGUUCAUCGGUUGCAGGUCUGGGGAUGCUGGCAAGUGUAUAUACGGAUGACCACAAGAGGGGAAAUGCGAUGGGAAUAGCCUUAGGGGGCCUAGCUUUGGGGGUGCUUGUCGGUGCUCCUUUUGGAAGUGUGAUGUACGAGUUUGUUGGCAAGUCAUCUCCUUUUCUGAUCUUGGCAUUCUUAGCCCUGUUGGAUGGAGCUUUACAGCUCUGCAUCUUGCAUCCUUCCAAGAUUUCACCUGAGAGUACCAAAGGGACCCCACUGCUGACCUUGCUAUCAGACCCCUACAUUUUGAUUGCAGCAGGUUCAAUCUGCUUUGCUAACAUGGGAGUUGCUAUUUUAGAAGCCACGUUGCCCAUUUGGAUGAUGCAAACCAUGUGCUCCCCUGAAUGGCAACUCGGAGUAGCUUUCUUGCCUGCCAGCAUGUCAUACCUGAUUGGUACCAAUCUAUUUGGAAUGCUAGCGAACAAAAUGGGGCGGUGGCUCUGUUCACUGAUUGGGAUGCUGGUUGUGGGAAUCAGCCUUCUCUGUAUCCCCUUGGCUCACAACAUCUAUGGACUCAUUGGACCAAAUAGUGGGGUUGGUUUUGCCCUUGGCAUGGUGGAUUCUUCAAUGAUGCCUAUCAUGGGAUACUUGGUGGAUCUUCGUCAUACCUCUGUCUAUGGCAGUGUCUAUGCCAUUGCUGACGUGGCCUUUUGUAUGGGCUUUGCUAUUGGUCCUUCCACAGGGGGUGCCCUUGUACAAGCCAUUGGCUUUUCUUGGCUGAUGGUUGUAAUUGGCGGGAUCAACUUGGUAUAUGCUCCUCUCUGCUGGUUCCUACGGAGCCCGCCAGCCAAAGAAGAAAAGAUUGCAAUUUUGACCCAGGAGUGCCCCAUGCAGACCAAAAGCUACACCACCCAGAAGGGUCUCCAGGAGUUUCCGCUCACAGAGAGCAGCGAUGAAGAUGCUGAGACUGAGGAGUAG